AGCCCUCGUAAGCAAAGUUUUCUUUUCAAAACGCUUUUUCUGUGCUGGGAAUUUACAGAUUUAGAUCAAGGAAGCCAGGUGAAUUUGUCCAAAUUAACAGAAGCUAAAUUUAGCAAGCUAUUUUUAGCACAGCUGCCGACCAAUCAAUACGAUUUACCGAAUUAUUAUCUUUCGGCGAAUUCAUGUUCAUAACAUGAUGAGUACAAGAUGGCUACUCCAAGUAACAACUGGGUGAAGUUAAAUGUCGGUGGAACGUACUUCUUAACGACAAAACAAACGCUUUGUAGACACCCUAACUCCUUUUUACAUAGACUUUGUGCAGAAGAUCCUGAUUUACCCUCGGACAAGGUAAGAAUACGCAUUUCAGUCAAAAUUUGUGAAAUGUUCUACCCAGCUAAACAAGUAGGCAUUUUGACAUUUCAGGACGACAGCGGUGCUUAUAUGAUAGAUCGAGAUCCUCGCUAUUUUGGACCUGUUUUAAACUAUCUACGACAUGGCAAACUUAUAAUCGAUAAAGACCUCCUUGAAGAAGGUGAGAGCAUUGAAAGUUAACGUAUUUUAGAUUCUUGGUUCGAAGUUCACUUCGCUUUUGGCAUUUUGCUAAGUAAACAUUUGGCUUGAAGCGUAUGGGCUUGGACGUUCUCUUGGUAAAUGCCUUAUUAAUGUGUGCUCUAGUUUCAAAAAGUCUUCAUUUGAGCCGUGGAAAGAACAUGCUACUUCUAAAUUAAUUUUCGUUCGAAAGAAUUCAGUCUAUUUAACGUAUGCAGAACUCAUUCAAGUCUUAUAUGCAGCGGAGAACGAGUAUUGUUGAUUUCGGCUGUUUUAUCCUUUCUCAAAAUCUCUCUUGACGCAUUGGGGGGCUCAAGUGUCGGCUCACUGGUUAGUAAAAAUUUACGCCAAAAUACAUACUAAAUAUUUCUUAGAGUAAACAUGCUUAUACCAAUUGUCGUGGCAGAACUACGAAUUCAUGUAUGAUUCCGCCAUGUCAAUUCUGUUUCUGUACUCGCAGAAACUUCAACUUGUAUUUACGAGAUCUCGGUGGAUUUAGAAGAAAACUCGAAAAGUGAUCGCUUUUUUAACGUACUAGGCAUUUUUGAAAUGGGGAAAUCUGCCAAAGUAAAAAGUUUCGUUGCAUCUUGGGUAAUUUUAAGCAUGAAAUUCUGGCAAGCACUGCUGGAACAUUUUAUAAUAGUCGGUGAGCUCUGAACACGUUAUGUACAGCUCUGGUGUCUGUUACAAGGAUUUAUUCACAGAAAGGAACCCUCAACUUUCUAACUAGUAAUUUUCUGCGAAGUAAAGAAAUUAAAUGAAUAUUCUGUUUAGGUUUCACAAAUAAAAAGAGCAAUCCAUUUUAACACACAUAAUUUCAAUGCAAACAGAUGGCUACAUGACACUCAACUAAUUUACAUGAGUUGUGAAUGAUGGCUGCUCUCUCUGAUUAUGACAUACAUAGACAGUACUGUUUUAUUCAUCAGAAGUGUUUUGCUUCCAAAACUGAUUUGUGACAUGAACAAUAAGAAAAAGAGUCAAAAAUACCCAAAAAAAAAAAAAGUUGGGAAACUAAUUUAGUGAGCCUGUAGUGCUAUGUGAACAGCAGCUUACCUUCAUGCUGACAGGUAUUGCUUAGGAAGCCUCACAACAAAAGUAACCAUUUCAUUCCCAAGAUCUCAUCAGUAAUCCUCUUUACGGUCUGUCAUUGAAUUCAUUUGAUGUUAGUGUAGAGAAUUUGGUAUUUGAACAAAUAUUAAUCACCUAGUUAAUAGUUCUCUUUAUUUUCAUCACUUGUCUGUUUGAUAUUGUAUUGUUAUUGUAAGGAGAAUAAUUUCUUGGUCUCUCAUGGGAGUUUUUGGGUUAUUUGCGUGUGUCCAUCAAGUUAAGCCAGCUACACACCAUGUCCCACUCUUAACUUUGGAGGAAAACAUAAGAACAACUACUUUAACUCAGGGUUUGCAAUGAAAUACAAAGAUAUUCUUGUAAAUCUGUUAACAGCAACAUACAGAUAUGUAUGGAAAAGGGAAACUUGUGACUUCUACAUUUCUAGUGGUAAUGACAAGGAGAAUUUGUUUGACCAUCUAGUAACUUCUUGAAUUGCCGAUCAUUUCCAUAAUUCUCAUGAGUUUUACAUUAAUGCUUUAAGGGUAGUUUUGUAAUGAGAAAUUUAAUAAAAACCUGUUCCCCUUAAAAAGUUAAACUAGUUUUGUAAUCAUUAGUCUAUUACUUAGAGAAGGGUUCCAAUAUAUUUAAAUGUUAUUUAUUCUUCUUAGGUGUAUUAGAAGAAGCAGAAUUUUAUAAUAUUGACCCUCUUGUUAAAAUAAUAAAAGAAAGAAUACAGUCAAGAGAGGCACGUCAAAAGAUCCCAGUAAGUACUCUGACCUUUUUCCUCUUUUAAGGUGAAUCAUUGAAACAAGUUGUGCUUCUUGUUGUGGGCAUUAUGCUUCUGGAAUUUUCCAAAUUUUCCAUUCUACUGCUCCUUUUGUUGUUUUGAGGUUGACUAAUCAAAGCAAUAUACAAGGCUUCAUGUAGUCUGUUAUUGGUCCAGAAAAUUCUCACCAUUCUCACAACCAAUCAGAUGCCAAACUUAAAACAAUUCUGACUUGUUCACUCACAUUUCCCGUGCUUUAACCCUUUAACUCUCAGAUAAAAAUUGUAAUUCUCCUUAUUGUCAACCCUACAAUUCUCAUAAUGUAAGUUCAAAGAAUUUAGGGUUGGAUCAACUAAUUAUCUCCAAAUGGAUAUUUUUCUUUAUUCUCAUCACUUAUCUGGCAGAUAUUGUAUUGAUAUUGUAAGGAGAAAUUUGGUCUUGGUCACUCAUGGGAGUUAAAGGAUUAAGAAGUUUCCUUGUUCUCACUUUGAGCUCUUUUUGGCUAAAUAUAAUUUAAACCAUUGUUCUGAUUGGCCGCAGAAUUCCUUUGAUUUUGCUUGUUCCAACACUGAAUGGGAAACUGUUCUUAAAGGUCAUGACUAGGAAGUGAUCACAUUGUGAGACAAACUCUCAACUAUGAAUAUUUUAUUGAUACAAGGUUACAUGAUAUUUUACCCUCAUGAAUAAUUUGGUGUCAUUUCCUCAUCAGCUUCAAUCAAAGAAACAUGUGUACAGAGUACUGCAGUGCCAUGAAGACGAACUCACUCAAAUGGUUUCUACAAUGUCAGAUGGUUGGAGAUUUGAACAGGUUUGUUUAGUUUGCUUAAUAAAUCUUUCCCUGGCUGAGCUGAUUUUAGUUGUAAAAUAAGGAAUAGUUUUGGUUUUGAUAAAAGUUAGGCAAUAUUAAUUACUGCUUGUUGGUUACUUGAUGUACAAGAGUAUUUCUAGCAUAUGUAAGAAAAUACAUGUACUUACCACAGAGAUUUGUAAUGCAUGGAAAUAGGAAUGGGUGAAGUCCAUCUUUGGUGUGAACAAUAUUUUAGCAGUAGUGAAAACAAGGCCCAAAAAAAUUGUGUCCUGUCCAGGAUUUGAACCUAGACCUCCCAUCACUGCUUAACUGAUGUUCAUUACUGCAAAGAUCACUUUCAUUUUCAUUUCUUAACCCUUUAACUCCCAAGAUCUCAUAAGUAAUUCUCCUUACUGUCUGCCAAACAAUUCAUAUGAUGUUAGUUUGGGGAAUUUGGAAUUGGAACAACCAAUAAUCCCCCAAUUGAUAUAUUUCUUUAUUCUUAUUACUUGUCUGCUUGAUAUUGUACUGAUUGUGUGAGGAGAAAUUCUGUCUAAGUCACUAGUGGGACUUAAAGGGUUAAAAACCGCAGUUAACAUCUAUGAUUUUCAUUUGUUGGUUCAUCACUUCACGGGUUUAUUAAGAACCAGCAUAAUGACCAGCUCAGUUGGUGGAGCACUGCACUGGUAUUGCAGUGGUCAUGGGUUCAAAUCCCAUAAUUAAUCAAAACUAUGACAAAGAAGAGAAACAAACAGUUACCUGCAUGGAUACAAGUAUCUUAAUAAAAAUUACUACAAAACUCUUGAAUAUGAUUGGUUAUCAUCAACCCAAUUUGAGCACUAAUAGGACAGUGUAUGCGUGAUGCUUGUAAUUGGAUGGUGUAAUCGAACAGUAACCAUCAUGUCCACGCGCUGUUGUUAUUUAGCCAUCAGUUAUACAUUAUCUCUGAUUUUAAGGUGUUCACAAGGUCACAAGCAUUCUUACCACUCCAGAUUUGAUUCUAGUUCCAAAUCUCUCACUUAUUAAAACCAGCCAUGAGGGAUAUCUUCACAGUGACUAUAAGAAACAGGAAUAAGUGAAUUUUUUUUGGUGUAAAAGAAAAUUUAAACUGGUUCUAACACAAGGUGGGAUUUUAAAGUUAAGUUAAUACCCUAUAGAAGGAAAACAGUAUAGAUUUUUUUUUCCUUAAUUCAUCAAAUUUGUGAUAUAUAUCUUCAUUUCCAGCUAAUAAGUGUUGGCAGUAAUUACAACUAUGGUAGUGAAGAUCAAGCAGAAUUUUUAUGUGUUGUGUCAAGAGAUGUGUCUGAUUCACAAGAACAAGGGGCAGGAGGGACUGAACAAAGUGAUAAGGCAAAGGUAAUGAGAGAAGUAAUGAUACUCUGA